AUGCUGCCGCCCGCCCACCCGCCCGCCCUGCCCCACACACGGCAGGCCAGGAUCUCACGCUGGGGUGGCCAGCAGCUGGGGAUUGCGCUGCUGCCAGCCCCAGGUGGGGCGGCUCAGUGGGAUCUGCCCACGUUUAAGGGGAGAAGAAAAGAUUUUACUGAAGAAGUAAGAAAUCUUUUGCUGGAGGAAAUUACAUGGUUAAAUCCUGAGUUUUCUUUGAGGAAAUAUUUUCCAUUGCUUCUUAAAAAAAAAGCUGAGCACCAAGUACUCUCUGAAUGUCAUUGUAAACAAGAAAAUCCACAACUAGAGCCUGAUGUCAAUCUAAAGGAAACCAAAAGGAAACGAGUGGAAACCAAAAAUCAUAAAUCAAAAAGAAGGAAACCAAAUGAGUAUUCAGAAAAUCCAGAAAAUAUAAAUGGAAAACCAAAAGAACUGGAAAAAACACAUAACUACACUGGGAUAAAGCUAGAUUCUUCCAAAAGUCUGUAUUCUAAAACACGCAGGAAGACACAAACUGCUGUGAGUACAUGUGAAGUGGAAAGUGAAGCAGUAGAAGAUUCUGAUGUUCUGAUAAUAGAUGAUGACAAAGCAUCUACAUCAGAAAUAUCUUCUGUUCCUGAUUCUGGAACUGAAGACAUGCUUUGGACAGAAAAGUAUCAACCUCAGAACUCCAGUGAACUCAUAGGCAAUGAACUUGCUAUAAUAAAGUUACAUAGGUUGGUAAAAUUGAGAUAUAGUUAA